GCUAUUAAAAAUCUUGGGACACACUUCAGGUAUAACUUCCACAUAGAGAAAACGCUGUAUAAAAUGUUCAAUUUUAGGACUUCUUACAAAAUGCCUGUAACUUUUUGACAGAGUUGUGGGAGGUCUUAUUUAUCAGAAACGUUUGCUCUACAAACCUAUCUGUUCAGAAAAAUUUUAAUUGCAUACCUAUCCAGGAAAAAGCUAUUAUUUGAAGAUCUGUUUUUCCAAGGCUCCUAGAAAACUUGCUCAAAAUCCCCGAAAAAACAGUUUUGUAACUAAAAACAAUACACAUUCUGGAAGUAGACACUUCCGGCUAUCUUUCCAUGUGCUUAUCUCAAAACCGAUUUUUUGACCGAAAAUCACCAUUUCUGAGGGGUAUCUUACGAGAGCAAUUAGGGACAAAUCAAGAGGACACUAUUUGCUUUAUCUAAAGAUUUUAUAGUUCACGAAAAUAUUCAUUUUGCAAUUAUAUUCUGUUAGUAGAAAUUGUUUCUCUUCUCCUUUUUCGUUGGGAAGUCUAUUAAUUAUUUGCAACUUUUACUUCUGUUUUCGAAAAUAAUCUUGGUAAAAUCAAAACCUUAAAGUUUAUCAUUAAAACUCAAUACACUCUUCCCACUAAACUGAAAUGAAAGUGUUGGGGUUGAACUCACAAGCGAAAAUGAAGUUUGCAGUGACGUGCACGAAGUGAAAAUUUUAGAUUUUUUGAAAAGGCACAAAAAUUUCGAGAUAAAUUGUGCUUCAGCGAAAAAAUUAGAGAUUGCAGAAAAAUUCUAAAAAAGAAGACGCGACCGGGUCUCUUCGCAGUCGGGACGGUACAGUUUAUCAUGAGGUGUUCACCCGUGAAGGACACUAAACGAACCCAUGGUUUACAAACAAAUCAUUUGAUGAUUCGAGAGAUGACAGAAAAGAACUCGAAAGAAAACAGUCUCAGUCUGCAUUUUCGAAAAGUUUAUAAUAAGAGUUGAGGUUCUUUUGGAACAGGCUUAUAAGUUAUAAAAUGCAAAUGAACUAACGACAAGGUAACCAAAGAGUCACGAUUAUAUUAUGUUACGUCCGUUAACCGAGCUAGUCCCUGUUGAUACAAGAUGCCUUUUCUUUUCUUUCCAUUUUCAUUAUCAUCCCACCCUUGCUCGACACAACGUAGUAAUAAUGUUAAAAAAUAAAAUUUAAGUGGAAGCAUACAUGAUGAUUACUUCGUGUGUAUUAGCUCUGACGUUCUUCUUCUUUUUUUAUCUCUAUCUGAAACAUAAAUAUUUUACAGGACCUUCAUCAUCAUCGAUACCCUAUUUAAAGCCACAAUUUCUCGUCGGUAACAUGAUACAAACAGGCAUAUUUAAUAGUGAUCAAGCAACGUUUCAAAUGUGGUCACAAUUAAAAUCUAAAUAUGGUGAUUUGUAUUAUUACUGGUUUGGUCCCUGUCGUUGUUAA